UCUUUAUUCCAACAGUUGGUGUGUGGACCUACUGAGCUAGGCUCAUUGGUACUCAGAACUGUCCUCUCAAGGAAGCAGUCAAAUAUUUAUGAUCAUGACGCCAAGGCCGAGCAGAAGAGGGGUGAAUUCCCCACGUUUGGGAGUCGUCGCGGUUAUGGGUCCUUUUGUAAAGCACCAUGCUGUGCUCGUUGUCCUCCUGCUUCUUCUGGAUCAUCUUGUGACUCGUGGAGAGGCUAGAUUUUCCCACCGCCGUCUGGGUCGGCGUGUCUUGGACUUCAGCGCCGAGGGUGCUGGUGAUGGAGCGGGAGGAGGGCAGACUGGAGGGGGAGGAGGUGGCGCUGGAACAGCAUCGGCAGGUGGCGGCAGGGCAUUCGCCAAGGGAAGUGGAUAUGGCGGGAACCCAGGGACGUAUGGUGGUGGAUCUGGCUUUUCUAUGAUCUCCUCGGGGAGGGACUCGGCAACGGCAGGAGGAAUAGGAGGAGGCGGAGGGGGUGCCGAUUCCUACGGCUUCGGCAAGGGGGAGACAACCGCCAGUGGCAGUGGUCUGUACGAAAGUGAGGGGAAUGCGCACGGGGGCGGUCAUGGCGGUGGAACGGGAGGCGGAGGAGGAGGAGGAGGUGGGCUCUCGACGGCUGGGUUCUACGAAGGCGGCAACGAGGGAUUUGCUUUCGCGAAUGGAGUCGGUUUGGCGGACAACUCCACUGGUGGGGCAAACUUGAAGUUAAGUUUGACGGGCCCCGGGGAGGCUGUGAUAGGAGGUGGAGCGGGAGGAGCUGGCGCAGGAGGAGAAGCUGGAGGCGCCGGCGGUGGAAAGACGUCAGAAGUUUAUCCGUCAUCAACUCCUUAGAGCCACUGACAGAAGCAACAGCUUGUCAUCUUCCAGUUCAAAUGUUGGUUCAUCCAAGUUCACAGUCUUCUGACGACCCUUUCAAGGUGGCGACGUCACCAACGUGAGGUUGGACAGAGGCCCUCCCUACCUAGUCGCUAGCGCAGAUUAGAGAAGAGAGAUCUCCUUUGAGGCGACUACUCAGUGGAGAUCAUUAUGGAUGUGAGGUUGGUUGGACAGAGACCCUCCCUACCUAGUCACUAGUGCAGAUCAGACAGAGAUCUCCUUUGAGGCGGCGACUCGGUGGAGAUCAUUAUGGUUGCAAUCUCCCAAUGAUGAAUGGCACGAUCAACCAGAGUUCUGGCAGGAAGUCUAUCCGUCGAGUUACGGGUCCGAUGAUUGUGAGCACCGAGCGCGGACUCUCCCAGGUCGCAAUCUGCCAAAUGAUGCCAUAACCGUGAAUGAUCCUCCCCGCCACCCACUGGUAGGAGAGAUUGUAGUCGCGUUCUCCCACCGAAUGGCGUAAUCCGGCAGAGCUCUGGCCGGAAACGAGAGAAACCCUCCCUCGACCUCCGAGUCGCCGGCAACUGGUGUGAGCAUUGAACACCACCCAGCGGAGGUCACUGCUCACGAUGUCCAUUGAGUGGCAUAAGCCACGUAAUCGACGGCAGUUCUGGUGAGAAGGGAUUCCUUCCGCUUAUAUGGGUCCGAUAAUUGUGACAGCCCAGAGGAGGUCGUAGUUGCAAUCUCCCAACGAAUGGCACGAUCCACUGCAGUUCUGGCACGAAACAUGUUCAUGUCGUUUUCAGAUUUUCUGGGUUUUUUUUUUCAUGUCGUUUUCUUUCGUAGGCGUGGAUCUAUCUUUUAGAUCGUGUGCUGUUUUACUCGCCCUGGCGCGAAAUGACUCCACUGAUGUACAAGCGUGGCAGUUUUGCAUCCCUGACGGCGAUGACACGCGCAAUCUCCCAAUGAGUUCACCGCAGUUCUGGCCACCACAAACCAGGCCUCGAAGGCUGUGAGUUAGUGGUCAUCUAGCAGCGUCUGUUUGAGUGCGGUGGAGAUCUGGAGGGGCUGUGUGGUAUAGGUCUAUAAUUUAUUUAUUUUAUGCUCAGAUCAGGCAGCGAUUUAUCCAAGAUAAAUCCUGACAGGCAUC